AUGAGUCAACCAGAAAUUCCUCCGGAGAUUUGGUAUCUCAUUUUCAAAGCUUUACCCACUCGAAAAGAUCUCGCCAACGUCUGCGGGGUCUCCAGAUUAUUCGACACUCUUGCCACUCCACUCCUGUACCGGUCAGUCAUUUUAAGCAGGGUGCAUCAAGACUGGUCACUUUUUCCCGAAGAUUUUGAAGCCACUGAACAGCCGAAGAAUUUGGGAAAAUGGGAUCUGAAUUUCAACCCUUUCCAUCGACUUCUGGACGACAGAAAUGAGGUAUUACGAGCAUUUGUGCGUGAAAUGACCUUCAAAGUCGGCGGCAUCGAUCAGGAUAGAUAUCGUGCCUGGGACAAGUUGAGGCCACCCCAGGACCUCCUGGCUGGGCUGGUCAGGAAGCUUCCAAACCUGGAGGCUGUCUAG